GUGAGGAGGAGGAGACGGCUGAGGGAGCGAAAAGCAUAAGAGGGGAUGAGCCUGUGACAGACCAGAAAGUGGAGCCCAUUUAUGAAGAAAUGCAGAGUGUACACGGUAUCCAAGAGCAGCCAGAAGUGCAUGAGGAAGACGGCACAGUACCAGGACUGCUGAAACAAAAAGUGUCGCAGUGCAUACAGACUCUCUACCCUAAUAUGGCGGAGCUGAACUAUGUAGCGGUGGCUGAGGAGGUCAAGGAGAACAAGUUUGAUCCUGACUGUUGCAGAUUUUGCAACCACAUAGCAUAUUGUCAAGAAGUCCCCUAUGAUGAAGAUGAUGAGGGUGCCAGAGCAGAUUGUGAGGACUCAGGGGAUGAACCAGAGGAUGCUGUCCCCAUAGAGGUUGGGGAAAUAGAUCCAACAUUGGAUGUUUCUGAUAGUGCAAAAGCGACAGACCCGGUGAAAGAAGGCGUAAAGCCGCGCAUUCAAUACCUGGUCCCAGAUCCAACAGAUGUGCUGAUCGAGUGUGCUCUACUGGAUGAGGUGCUAGCGAGAGGCCCGGUUGGGGAUGGUCCGGUCAGCUUUGAGUAUGAGCAUCCCCCAAAGCCCCGUGUAGGGAAGAAGCUGAAAAAGAGGAGACCUAAGACGGAUUACUGCAGUGAUACCUGUUGUGAUUCUGAUUAUGUAGAUGACUCGGACAGACCGCGCCUGGACUUCUGUCAUUAUAGUUGCUGCAACUCUUCUGAUGAGUGGUCGUUAACAGAAACUGAUGAUAAUAGCGAUAUUGAGAGUGAAAAUGUCGAGCAGGGGGUGCAAACUGAUGGUGUCACACCCAAGGUGCCCCCCGUCCCCACUCUACUGAAUGAGGAGACAAUGUGGGGCCCUGCUGGGGAUAGCAUAGAGAGCUCUAAAGAUGAGCAUUACCCACAGCCCUCUGUAGGGAAGAAGCUGAAAAAGAGGAGACCUCUGCUGAGUUACUGCUAUGAAAAUUGCUGCUAUUCUAACAGCUCAGAUGAUGAGUGGAGACCAUAUGCGCCAUACUGUAAUCUUAGUUGCUGCAAGUCUUCUGAUGAAUGGUCGAUAACUGAAACCGAUGAUAGUGAUUUUGAGCCUUUAGGAACACCAGGGGGGAGAAAAGGAGAUCCCGAGUUGCGGGUUGAUGGAGCAGCACCCGAGACUAUGACCAGAGAAGGAAAUUGA